AUGAGAAAUGAUUAUCGAGCCACACCUCUCCAUAUUGCUUGUCGCUAUCAUUCAAAUAAUGUCGUCAAAUUCCUUUUGACAUUAUAUGAAAUUGAUAUUAAUGCACAAAAUAUUUAUGGAAAUACUCCUCUUCAUGAAGCAUCCAGAAACAAUAAUCGAGAAAUUGUUAAAGAUCUCUUAGGACUUAGAUGUAUUAACACCACAAUAGAAAAUAAAGAUGGUAGUACUGCUUAUUAUAUGACUGACGAUUCAAAAAUUCAUAAUCUUCUUGAUGAAUUGAUGAAUAAAUGA